UCUCAUGGCUUUCCUUCGAGUGUCGACUUUUCUGAUUGUUGUCGGCCGGGCACUCGCCGUCUCCUGGGGGUCCGAUGGGGCCCACGAGCGCUGCGAGGAUGCCGUUCGGGAGACCAUCGCCGAGGACAGGGCCACCGCUGCCGACGAGACCGCCUCCAGGCUCCACUCCACUUGGCUCUCGCAAGAGUGCGAGGUUCGAGCUGGGCCGGAAUACGUGAUCCGGAAGUACACGUUUUAUCAAAAUGGGACUUUUUUGCUUCAUCGCCAUCACUAUGCCGAAGAGUCGUGCAGCGUCGCGACGCAUACUCUAACUGCCCGAGGUGCACUUCGAUUGUUGCAACCAUCGUUAACAAUAAGUGGCGCAACAGAAGCCAGAUACCAGCUACAUACAGUUCAUAUAAUUCCACUCAACCGACAGGUGGCCUACAAAUUCGGGCACCGCGUGAACGCGUCGUGCAGCCCGCAGCCAAGAUGGCGGCCGUACGUCGCCCAGCUGAUUUACGAUCUUCCACUUCGGCGCUUCUCGGGCCCGUUUUGGGAGGGCCCGAGGUACAAUUCUCUCCAGGGCCAUCCCUAUUCUCGGAAUCACCGUGGCUUGGACUGUCUGGAGCCUCUGGGGGUCGAUUUCGAGGAGCUUAGGCUCCUGAGGGUCCAAAGAAAGCCACCCAUUUCGAAGGCCUUCGGCCUCGGCGUCAUCGGCAGGCCCAGAGUCGAACUUCUUCUGGGCAGUCUUCCUCCCAAUGUCCAUUCUAGAAGGACCCACAGGCCCAGCUCUCUUCAGCCCACCUCGCUUCUUCGAAUUGACAAUAUCAAUGGAUGUCCGGUGUGCAGUACGAUUGCAAGAGGAACAGAGACAAGUCCACCGCUUCUUCAUGAAGCAGCUGCACUUCCUGCACUUCUUGGAGGUUCCUGGUUGAGCUCCAGCUGCGAAAGUUUCGAAGGUGGCUUUUGGAUGAGAAGACAACUUCAAAUUUAUUCUGGGGAUAAGCUGUGGACAGGUCGAUGGGAUUAUUACGAGGAUCCGAAGUGCACUUCCUUUCUAUAUGCAAUUUCCGCAGCUGGAAGUUACGUCCAAAGAGCUGGAAGACAAAGACGUCAUCCACUUCAGUACAACUUCGAUGAACCAACUGUUGUUAGGGAUUUCGACCCAGGGAUCAUGUCUUUGUUGUUGCCAACUGAUGGCGAAUUCUUCAAGGAAUCCUUCAGGGAAAGGAGAAGUAUUGAUCGAGAGAAAUGGAGGAGCAAAGAACUUCACGAUUAUCAGAACUUUAAGAAGAUUUUGGGCAUUCGAGAUGUUGACGAUGGAGAUCGAAGUUUGGAAGGGAUUAUUGGUGGCAUGAAGUUGGAAGCGAGGAAAAAUAUGAAAUUAGGACUGAAAGAUGAACUUGAAGACAAAGUUGAUUUUCGAAUCAGUGAAAAUGAAAAAUUUGAGGAAAUGGACACCGAAGAAUUUCCAAGAAUGAAGAAAGAGCUUGCCGAAUGGAUGACUCCUGAGCUUGCCAAGAAGAUAUUCGACAUGUAUGGUCCGAAGAAAGUCAGGACGGAAGAAAUGUUGCCAACCCUUGAAGAGAUCCGAGAAGCGAUAGGAAAAUCCGAUGAAUUAUCGGAGAUGCGACAGAAAAUCGAUGACGAAGAAAUGACGGAACUUCAGAAUCACAUCUUAAGAGACAGCAAACUGUUAGCUUCGAAAAUGACAUCGACUUCUUCAUCAACGAUUCCUUUAGAAGGAACGACCUGGGAAUCCUCUCAAAUAACAGAAGUUUGGAAUGGAAGAGAUGAAGGAAAUGACUUCUCCACUUCUACAAUUCUGCCCCAAGAAACCACGGAAUCCUUGUUACCAAUUCCCGAUGAGCAAGUCGGUGAUAAUCUAGAUAAUAUGAAAGACAAAAAGUUCGGUUUAAUUUCCGAAGCACCAGAGUCCACGACCAUCCCCGAAAAAGAAGUCAAUCCAUCGGAACAAAAUCAAUCGUCACUUCCUUUAACUACUCGUCAACCAACUCCGGUGGAGCCUUCAUCAGUAAUCAGUAUCUCCAAAAAAGACAACACAGAGAACGAGGAGAACAAAGUCAGGUUCGUCCUCGAAGCGAGGUCUUCAUCGGUGAAGAUGUCGCAGACCAAACGAAGGAACAUCCUCCCGGAAAAAACAGAGGGUCAAAUUGAUGAGAAUUUAGAAGUAGGAAAAGCGAGAAGAAGUUUGGACGAGGACUCUUAUCGUCACCUCCUCCAGAACGCACAACCUUCCAUGGUGGAGUCUUUCGCCGCAAUGUUAAGGGGGAACCAGCGAUACGAGCAAACGACCAAAAGACCGUUGGUCCCGCCAAUGCCAAGUGGAACCACGGAGUUGGACCUGCACGUUGCUGAGAGUCUUCUGAUUCCUGGCGAUCCUGCCAUGGCACAGCGUUGUGGAAGUCAGGGCGAGGUCCUAACUUCGUGGCCUAGAAAUUGUGUGAGACACGCGAUUGAAGCUCCGUCAACUCUGGGACUGAGAGCCAGAAUUGGGGUCAACUGGGUUGGGCAUUACAUCUUGAUGUUGGGCCCUAGGGAUGACAAUCUUUGGCAGGCGCCUUUGAGACAGUGUGGACCAACUUUGUCGUAUAAUCCUAGACUUAGAGCGCAUCUUAGGAGGAUGGUGGGACUUAAGUUUGGUCUGGUCUCCACUUCGGGAGCUGGUGAGUCCUUCAGUUGGUUGAUCGUCUUGCAAGUUGUGGUGUGCUGGUUGUGUUGGCUGGCCCGAUGACGACCAACUGCGAAAUAUGGGAUAAACGAGUGAUGGGAGUUUUCUUUGUCAACUCAGGAAGUAACAUAUCUAGGUUUUUCAAUAAAACUAUUAGGAAAACAAUCGUGUUAGGAAACUGCGAUCCUGACGUCAUGAAGUAUGAAUUGUGCUGCACAUGCCAUCCAGGCUCCUUCGAUUCUAGGAUCGAUGGCUAGGAUUGAUAUCUGGGUUAGGCAUUACAUCGAUUAUUAUUGUAAAUAUGUAAGUAAUGUUAAUACAGUUUAGGCAAGUAUGUACGUAAUAGAAAUAGGAUUAGGAUUAUUAUUAAAUUUUUACACGCGUAAAAGAUCGACAUGUAAUCAAAUUUAUUUCUGAAGGACGAACACCGACCAGUGAUUAUUUAAAAAUUAACGUGGCUGCGAUUUGCAGCACAAAUUAGUUAAGCUUGUAUAUAAAUAAAUAUGUAAAGGAAAAUAAGAUUUAGUGACUUUCUUCGAGUCACCGUUUAGAUUAUUGUUAGGUCUAAGGUUGCCACGGCUAUGGGACGAGAACCCCAGUGAAUUUGAUUUUUAAUUACCAUUGUUAGUUACAGGAAUUAUUCUGUAAAUGUAGCAUCUGUUUAUAUGUAAAAUAUGUGGAUAUGUAUUAUUACAGUAGAUAUAAUGGAAAAAAAGCGGAAU